UCUGUCUGUUGUCUGCUGUCUGCCUCAGCAUCUGCCUGCACUUGGACCAAUAAUUUGUUUACAAUACAACUAUCUAAUUUGAUUUAUAUAGACUCAAGUUGUGAUAAAAUAUAAUGGUUCAGAACGUUGAUCCCACCGAAAACUUCAAUGCUAUUGCAAAUGGGAUUGAAAUGAAAGAAUUAGAAGCAGAUGGGAGUGUAACACCUCAGAUGUACGGACAGCUGCUAGCUAUUUAUUUAUAUCAGCAUGAUCUGUGCAAUGCCAAGUACCUCUGGAACCGUAUACCCAGUCAAUGCAAGGUGGAGUAUCCAGAGCUCAACCACAUCUGGAGUGUAGGCAAAGCUAUGUGGCUGAGAGACUAUCCAGGGGUGUACAGCGCUCUCAACUCUCAACCUUGGUCAGACAACGUUGCUGAGAUCAUCAAGGCUGUGCAACAGGAAGUGAAAAAGCAAGCCACUCAGCUCGUUUGUCGGGCUUACACCUCAGUCAGUCUAACUACCGCGGCCGCACUGAUGGGGACAACACCAGAUGCAGUGGCACAACUGCGGGAUUGGAGAGUUGAAGGAAACAUGGUCACUCCUCCCAAACCACUGCCUUCCCCUCCCAUCGUCACCUCCAGUGAGGAACAGCUCGGAAAACUCACCGACUUUGUCUCUUUCCUGGAAAAUUAAGUUGAUAUGUACCUGUGUUUAAUAUAUGUAAAUUUGUCAUCAA